AUGAUAAGCGCUGAAGCCAAACACCUCGUUAGCAGUCUACUGGUCAAAAACGUGAGUGAGAGGCUCACUGCCAACGAAGUGCUCGAUCACCCUUGGGUCAAGCAGAGUGCGCCAAGCACCAUCCUUCAAACUCCAAGCAAUCUGUUUCGAAUUGAUUCUGCUCGGGAUGUCCUGCAGAUGAGUGAACAUUUCAACGUAAUGAAUCGUUUUGUGGCAGCUCGUCUAAGUUCUCGUCUCGAUAAGAUUACAAUCAAUGAGGAUGACAAAGAAAGUACAACUGACUCGAUCAGUAGUGCCAGUCCCACAGAGGCACCACCAAAUCACAAUGGCACCAGCGACCGCAAGGCACUUCCACUUUUCAUGGUGCCUCCGGAGGCAUUUGUAGACGCGUUCAGUGGUAUGACCAUGUACCCGCCCGGAAGCGAGCCACCACCAGCUGCUGUCGGCGUCAAAAAGAUAACUGAUGCUGCUGCUGACUCGCAUUCCGACGAUGCUUUGAAGACAGAAACUAUCGCAGCUGAGCCUGAGGCACAUCCGCCUACACCACCACCACUCAAAGCUCGCAACACCUUGAAUGGAAUGCGUCGCUAUUUCGCAAGCAUUUCUCGCGGGCAAACUCCAGAGACAUGUCAGGUUGCAGUGGUUAGACAGAACUCAAAAACGGAUUUGCUCGCUCAGCAGCAUCGUGAAACCGAGGUGAACGUGUAA